ACAGAAGAAGCCGGAAAGCAUCAACAGGAAGUACUUUGUUACCAUCCUCUAUCUAGUUUUCAAACCAAACACAUUUCCACAGGAUUUGCAGGAUGUUUCUAAUGUAAGAUUAGUCUAAAUGAGACGUUCAUUUGUCACAACUUAAAUGUAGUUUUCAUAUUUAUAAAGUUGUGGUCGAGCUUUUCUUUAUCUGAACGCUGUGACUAAGAAAGUAACUGUAGCAUACACAUUUAGUGUCGUUGUUUAUUUUUUAUAAAGAAUACAGUAACGUCAGCUUCCACGAUGGACCGGGACAGAGCUAGCCCGUCCCCCUCCACCCUGCCGGAGUCCCCUGGUCACAACUCUCCUGGUAACGCCUUACUGCUGGAUCUGAAGAGGGUGUCUGUGUGGCUGGUCGACUGCAGGAAAACACCAGGGCAGAGUGGAACUGUGAGAGAAGGACACGAGGAGGAGGGAGAUUUGAUUUCAUCAAGGGACUCUCCUAACCGUCGCUCUCUCAGCGGGAGGGACUUAUCAUCUGGGGAGCUUCAACAACAACAUGUUGCUGACGAGGCAGAGAAGAGUGUCUCCCAAUCAGAACACCUCAAACACCAGCACAGACGUACAGGGAAGAAAUCUCACCACAGCUGCUCUGACUGUGGGAAGAGUUUCACUACAUAUUACACCUUCAAAUAUCAUCUGAGAAUUCAUACAGGGGAGAAGCCUUACCCCUGUCUUGAUUGUGGGAAACACUUUGCUAGUGCAGGAUCCCUAACCAUACACCAGAGUGUACACACAGGAGAGAAGCCUUAUAGCUGUGAUCAGUGUGGAAAGAGCUUUGCUGAGUCAGGGACCCUGAAUUCACACCAGCGAACACACACUAGAGAGAAACCCUAUGUCUGUCUAUGUGGAAAGAGUUUUACUCAUUUAGGGCAAAUUAAAAAACACCAGAAAUCAAAAACGUGCCAUAUUUCAUCUCCAUCCUAUACCUGACAUCAGUUAUAGAUCCCUAAAUUAAAGGCUCUAUAGAAAACAUAUCCAUCUCCCAUUCUUAAACAGUUGACUUAGUCUGAUCACCAUGGUAACCUCUGUGGAGCAUAAUAUGCAGCUCUGAUCUAGGAUCAGGUCUCCCCUGUGUCUUUGUAAUAUCACACAUUGGGAUCUAAAUGGAUAAAUGUUAUCAUAGAAAAUGUAAUAUUGUGUGUGUGGGGGGGGGGGGGGGGGGGAUAUUGAUAAUUGUAUCGUCGUUCAUAUACUCAUGAUACUAUUAUUACAUCUCAUUAUGUAGAAUGUUUCAACAAUAGGUGUAUAUUCAUGUAUUCAAUUAAUCAAUAAAUCCAAUCCAAUAUCUUAUAAA